AUGGACACUACUGUCUUCUCAAGUGCUUCCUUUGAAGGUGCCUAUGUAGGCAAGAACAUUUAUCAGCCACUACUGGAAUCUUAUCAGAAGCUUUUCACCCACUAUGGAAAGCCAGUUCGCAUCAUCAACCCUAAUAAGAGAAACUGCAAUGCUGGAUACCUUGUUAAACAAGGCCUUCCUCCAUUAUUUGUUGCUCACUCUCUUCUUGAUGCAGUAUGGCUUCUACAACAGUCUUUGCCAGAAGACUCAGUUACAGAUCAGAUCUGGCAACAGCUCACUAAGGCUGAAGAAGAGGAAAAAGAAGAAGGAGAAGAGGAAGAAGAGGGAAGAGAGAGAGAAAAAGAGGAAAAAGAGGAGAAAAAAAAGAAUAGCAAGGGUAGCAAUAGGAAGCCUGUUACAACUACUGUGAGCAACCACAACCAGACAGUAGAGAAAAGACAGAAGCAAAGGGCAGAAGUGCAGAGGUCUAAGAAAAAGGAGGACCUUGGACUUGUUCAGCCAGCAACUACAGCAAACCCAAAAGAACAUGCUGCCUACCAGUCUAUCACACCUCAAGACUGCUCAGUAUACUCUUGGAUCUUCUUGCAGUCAUACAAGGAUGGAUCUACCUUCUACCAAGAGGCAAAGACACCUUACACACUGGCUGUGACUAUGAUCAAGAAGGCACGUGUUCUAGGAAAC